GCGAAAUAGAAAGGAAACGGGAGUGGAGACGACUCAUAUUUUGAGUAUUUACAGUGAAAAAGAAGUGUCUUUUUCGGCAGGAUAAAAAGCGGACAUACAGACAAACCGCUGGCUCCUCUCCAGUGAUGUCGUCUACGUGGUGGGAGCAGUGGCGCCUGCUGUUCAGUAAUGGUAGCUCUCCCAGUGGCUUCAUUGACAACAGUAGCUGCUUCAGCUCCACACAGAGCACUGUGCUAAACGGAGUCGCUUUUGGAGGAGUGCCAGUUGUGCUAUUGAUCAACUUCUGCGUCUUUCUGGUGUUGGUGCUUCUCUUCUCUAUUAUAAGGAGGAAGUUCUGGGACUAUGGACGUCUAGCACUGUUUGCAGACAAAGAAGGGUUCACUGAGUCAACGCACCGUCGCUAUGGACACAUGUCAUCAGUCAAAUCCAACGUGGAUGACCCUGAGUAUGAAAUGGGCUUCUGUUCUUGGCUGCCGUACAUCCUCAGAAUGGAUGAUGAAAAAAUAAAAGCUAAAUGUGGAAUGGACGCCGUUCACUACCUGUCCUUCCAGCGUCAUCUCAUCGUCCUGCUGUUGGUCAUUACCAUCUGCUCCCUUUCAAUCAUACUGCCUGUCAACCUAACAGGAGACCUGCUGAACAAUGAUCCGUGGAGCUUCGGAAGGACAACUGUUGGGAAUCUUCAAAAUGGAAACAGCCUGUUGUGGCUGCACACAGUGCUCGCAGUCGUUUACCUGACCCUGACAAUUGUUCUGCUGAGACGUCACACAUCACAAAUGAAAGGCGUGCGCAGAGAGACAGCAAGAACCACCUUGUUUGUAUGUUCAGUCCCCAAAACAGCAUCAGAGGAGGAUGUAAAGACCCAUUUUACAGAGGCUUACCCUUCCUGCCAAGUGUGUGCUGUCACCCUGAGCUAUGACGUGGCCAAGCUCAUGCACCUUGAUAAGGAAAGGAUACGAGCUGGUAAGAACCUGCGCUACUAUGAACGUGUCUUUGAGAAAACAGGUCAGCGUGAAAUGAUUAACCUCCAGCUGUGCAGCCAUCUCUGUUGCUGCGCCAACUGUGAGAAGGUUGAUGCCAUAGAGCACUACAGCAACAAAGAGAAAAACUUGCUGGAAGAGGUGAGGCAGCAGGUAGAAUUGGUGCCACAGCGCCCCCUGGGGAUCGCCUUCGUCACCUUGCAGACAGAGGCAAUGGCCAAAUACAUUUUGAAAGACUUCAAUGCACUCCAGUGUGGUGGCAGGAGCUGCUGCUGUGGGAGGGAGCCGCAGCCUUCCUCCAAUAGUCAAGCUCUGAAAGUGAAGAAGUGGACAGUCGGCUUUGCACCACAUCCCAAAAAUGUGUUCUGGGACAAUCUGUCAGUGCAGGGGUUUCCUUGGUACAUGCGCUACAUCAUGCUCAACUUCCUUCUUUUCUUCCUGCUCACCUUCCUCACUACUCCUACCAUCCUUCUCAGCACCAUUGACAAGUUCAACGUUACCAAGCCCAUCCACUAUCUCAAUAGUCCUAUCAUCAGUCAGUUCUUCCCCACUCUCAUGCUGUGGAUCUUUUCUGCAUUGCUGCCAACCAUAGUCUACUAUUCUACUCUAGGAGAGGCACACUGGACCCGGUCCAGCGAGCAGCUGAGCAUGAUGCGUAAGCUGUACUUCUUCCUGCUCUUCAUGGUGCUCAUCCUCCCCUCUCUCGGACUCACCAGUCUUGCUGUGUUUUUCCGCUGGCUCUUUGAUAAAGGGUUCCUCUCAGGUGGAAAGCUACGAUUUGAGUGUGUGUUCUUACCUGACCAAGGUGCAUUUUUUGUCAAUUACGUGAUUGCGGCUGCACUGGUGGGUUCUGGGAUGGAGUUGCUGCGGUUGCCAGGUUUGCUGCUCUACACCAUUCGUCUGGCGCUUGCUCGAUCUGCCGCAGAAAGAAAAUAUGUUAAACAGAACCAGGCCUAUGAGUUUGAAUAUGGAGCCAUGUAUGGAUGGACUUUAUGUGUGUUUACUGUCAUUAUGGCAUACAGCAUAAUUUGUCCUAUUAUUGUGCCUUUUGGUCUCUUAUACAUGUUGUUGAAGCACCUGGUGGACAAACACAACCUGUACUUUGCCUACCUUCCUGCCCGCCUAGACCGCCAAGUCCAUCUGGGAGCUGUCAAUCAAGCUCUGUCAGCACCAAUCAUCUGCCUGAUAUGGCUUUAUUUCUUUUCUGUCCUCAGAACAGGUUUCUGGGCUGCCACAUCUCUGUUCACCCUGGUUGUCCUGAACAUCACUGUCUUCAUCUGCCUCAGCUACACCUGCUUUGGCCAUUUCAAGUACCUCAGUCCACACAACUAUGAGGUGAAAGAUGAUGAGGAUAAAGCUGAGGAAUCGGAAGAAAAUACCACGAUCUACCUUCCCAGGGUACUUAAUCCCAAAUCACCUGCCAGCACCGCACAGGCGAGUACACUCCAGCAGUCUUAUGGCUCUGCAGGGAACAGCACAGAGUACGUCUCCAGCCCAAUGGAGGGCAGCAUGUCAGAUAGCUGAGUCAGUGUAUUUCAACACUGAGUCAAAGUUUAAUGUUUAAGCUUAAUGUGUAAUGCCCUGGAUUCCUGAUUGUAAACCUGCGUACUUAAAAAUAAUUUCAAUAUUGAUGUCAGAGUCUGAUUUCACCUCCACCCUACUGCUCAGUUAGGCCUGUCCUAAAAUCUCCAGGUUGGAAGAGAGAAGACCAUGCAGUAGAUUCCAAAGUAUAUCUAUCUACUGUUGUAAGGAUAGGAGGGUAAAGUAUCAUGUAAGACACUCCAAGAUCAGUUACCCUACAGGAGAAAAAAAAGUACAUUUUAAUGAAUAUUUGAACCAUUAUUUGCACUUGACCAGAGUAGCACAUCCAUAAGAAACCUGCAAAGUCUUCUCUCUCAGUUGUGUCUAUUAUAAAGAUUUUAAAGCCGUACAUUUUGUAUUUUUGCUGUAUACAACCUCUUUGAUAAGGAACAAUUCACCAAAGAAUGCCUUGCCAUUAAGAAGAAGCCAUGUUGUAAAACAAAUGCUGGAAGGAAUUUUGUGCACAUUAGUGACACUAAUUAUGUAAAUAUGACUAGAACAAAAUAAUCAAGCCAGUGCCACUGAUGCCAAAGAUGUGGACAAAGAAGAGCUUUUUAUUCAAUACUUAUGCAAGUUUUAUCUAGUUCAGAGGUUUCCCAUAUGCCACCUGCCAAGGGAAGAGCCUACUGCCCAUUAUAAAUGUUGCACUUUUUGUAUGACAAGAUGACUGUUUUGUGUACUAACAACAGUUUAAUGUUUUUACUUUUGUAAUUAGACAAAAUAACCUAUGUUUAUCAGUGUUGCAUAUUUAAUAUUUUGUUUAAUUAAUAUAUUAUAAUGGUUCAAGCCAUCAUUUCCAUGAUUGUUCGGAGUAAAACAAUAAUGUUCUACCAUCACCGAAUGAAUGUUUAGUAGGUCAAAGUUUAUUUGUAUUUAUGUACUUCUUAAGUUCUGUUUUUGCAGCCUUUUAAAAUGUGCAUUUUAAUCAAGGUACUAUGUCCUUUUAAAGCAAACUUGAAACUGCUUAGUGGUUGGUAAGAUUUUUCAAAGUUACACUGAUAAAAUGUCUUCACUUACAUAUGUGGAUAAUGUGUAUGUAUGUCAUUGUAUGUGGUUUCACAAAUUUCAAUAUUAAACAUUCUGACAUGCAGUUUUUAAUUCCAAAAAAAUGGGAACAACUUUACAGUUGUAAGUGUUGUUUGUCAGCGGGGGGCACUGUUGAGCUGUGGUGGGGUAGCUUAACCUCUGAAAUAUUCAUAAAGCAGUGAAAAAAGGACAAAUGCACAGUGUUUCAUAAAGGAUUUCUAACAUCUUCUGACAUUGGUAUGAGCCAGUUUACUGACAGUUCCAGUAGCUCCACCUCCUCACCUGAUCUUUCACUAUUGUCUCUCUUUCUGUUCCCAUUCCCUUUGCUUCCUCUUCUCCUUGCCCUUUUCCCCUUUCUCACCACGGUACCUGCCUCAGCUGAGAAAAACCUCUGUUGUCAUUUAAGGGUUUUUAAGGGGCUAUAGCGAUUAGCACAUUUGUUAAAUGUGGGUAAUGAAGUGCUAAGCUAACGAAAUAUCUAGGUUAUUAGCUGUGAUGAAAAGAAGGUUAAGCUAUUGGCGAGGAUCAGUGUGCUUUAAUGAAACCUCAACAUAGUUCCUGAAAUGAAUAACAAAAAUAAGGAACUGUUGCUACGGAGUUGUCCCUGAAAUAACAAAUAAUGAUAGACACACUUUUUCAUCUAUAUGGAUGUGCACAUAUUAAUUUAGCGUUCGAAUUUGUCUUUGGCCUCUGAGGUUCUCUAAAGUC